UAAUUCUCCUUUUAUUAUCCCGGGGAAGCGUUCUCCUUUCCCUGCUCUCCUCGUUCCGCCUCCCUGAGCCCCUGUUGCACCCUCCUCGCUCUCCCUUUCCUUCCACGCGGGCAUCCGAGGAAGCCCAGGGACCGUGGCUGGACUUGACUGGCAGCCGGGAGAAGACCUGUUGCCUUUCGAGCCCCCUCCACGGGCGGGGCCGGUAGGGGGCCGAGGAACUCGUGUAAACGGAGAGCCUCCGUUCUAGCCAGAUAACGGGGACAGAACUGUGCUGGAAAAGGCAGGAGCAGGAGAAGCGAUGACUUCCAGCAAAAUCGAGAUGCCUGCUGGACUGAAGGCGGACCCGGCGGCCCUGAUGGCUUCCCUGCACUUGCUGCCUUCGCCCACCCUCAACCUGGAAAUCAAGCACACCAAAAUUUUUAUCAACAAUGAGUGGCAAAAUUCGGAGAGUGGGAAAAUAUUCCCUGUAUUUAAUCCUGCAACAGGAGAACAGAUCUGUGAUGUGCAAGAAGCUGACAAGGCUGACACAGACAAGGCGGUGCAGGCUGCUCGGCUGGCCUUCUCCCUGGGCUCGGUGUGGCGGAGGAUGGAUGCCUCUGAACGAGGACGCCUCCUGGAAAAGCUGGCCGAUCUGGUGGAGAGAGACCGGGCCCUCCUUGCCACCAUGGAGUCGCUGAACAGUGGGAAGCCCUUCCUCCAAGCCUUCUACGUUGACCUUCAUGGCGUCAUCAAGACCUUGAGGUAUUUCGCCGGUUGGUCAGACAAGAUUCACGGAUUGACCAUCCCGGUGGACGGAGAUUAUUUCACCUUUACGAGGCAUGAGCCCAUCGGGGUGUGUGGACAGAUCAUCCCGUGGAACUUCCCCCUCCUGAUGUUUGCGUGGAAGAUCGCACCAGCCCUUUGCUGUGGCAACACGGUGGUCCUCAAGCCGGCUGAGCAAACCCCACUCACUGCCCUCCACCUGGGCACCCUCAUUAAGGAGGCGGGGUUUCCUCCAGGCGUGGUCAACAUUUUGCCAGGAUUUGGACCCACGGUGGGGGCGGCCAUUGCUUCUCACACAGGGAUUGAUAAAAUCGCCUUCACAGGUUCCACAGAGGUGGGGAAGCUGGUUCAAGAAGCUGCCGGAAGAAGCAACUUGAAGCGGGUGACACUGGAACUCGGGGGGAAGAGCCCCAACAUUAUUUUUGCGGAUGCAGAUUUGGAGCAGGCAGUGGAGCAAGCCCACCAAGGGGUUUUUUUCAACCAAGGCCAAUGCUGCACGGCUGGCUCCCGCAUCUACGUGGAGGAGCCCAUCUACGAUGAGUUCGUCCAGAGGAGCGUGGAACGGGCCAAGAGGAGAGUUGUGGGGAGCCCCUUUGACCCCACCACCGAGCAAGGGCCACAGAUCGACAAGAAGCAGUAUAACAAGAUCCUGGAGCUGAUCCAGAGUGGUGUGGCUGAAGGGGCCAGGCUGGAGUGCGGGGGCCAAGGAUUGGGGCACAAGGGCUUCUUCAUUGAACCCACCGUUUUCUCCAACGUGACUGAUGACAUGCGCAUCGCCAAGGAAGAGAUCUUUGGGCCUGUGCAAGAAAUCCUGCGGUUCAAAACCAUGGAGGAAGUGAUUGAGAGAGCCAACAAUUCCGACUUUGGGCUGGUGGCUGCCGUCUUCACCAGGGACAUCAACAAGGCUCUGACCGUCUCCUCCGCCAUGCAGGCGGGAACUGUCUGGGUCAACUGCUACAAUGCCUUAAAUGCCCAGAGUCCUUUUGGGGGUUUCAAGAUGUCCGGCAAUGGAAGAGAAAUGGGAGAAUGUGGCCUGCGAGAAUAUUCCGAAGUGAAGACGGUGACCAUAAAGAUUCCUCAGAAGAACUCCUAAGAGGAAGGGCCUCCCCAGCGCCAGACGCACCUCUACCUUUCUCUAGAGGGAUUGAGCACUCAGGAAUUUUUAAAAAGUGACACAGAUGUUUGUUUGUUUUUAAAAUAACAUCAUAACCAAGUUCAUUAUUCAACUUGAGGGGUUCUUCUCCACUGCUGACACCGCACUCCUUUGAUCUUUUGAAAGACAUUUGAGCUGGACGGCCGAUUCCCCUGCUGAGAGGACUUUUCCUGGGGAGGAGCAGGCAGGAGGCAGCCCCUGGCUGGGAAAGCCACUCUGCUUUCUGGGCAAUGCAGCCAGGCAGGCCUGGGGCACCUUGUGGGCACCCGUCCCACUGCCUGUGCCAUAUGCCUUGGGAGACCCUGCUAGCUCUCCUCAGGUGGAAGGAACAGGUGGCCUGGACAGGUGGGGUUCCUGGAGGACUUUGGAGAGGCAGCAGCCACUCCUCCCAUUUUCUCUCCUUCCCCCAGGGGUCACCAAGGGGCAGCCCCCUUCAACAGCCCUCACUGCUGCUUCGUGAAAUGGGCUUCCCAGAGCCUCCAUGUACUCCCCUUGCCUGGGGGGGGGGAGAUGCUUUCCUCCCUUGCUCAGGUGCCUCUGAGUUUCUCGGGGAGUUGACUCCCAAGGGCCCAAUCAUCCAGGCGGUUCUUCCCUGGCCCAGGCAUCAGACCUCCAGCUCUUCUGAUGACUUUGCCCAAGGUGCCAACCUGGCCCUCUUUGAAAUGGCUCUCCUGGAUGACCAAACAGCUGUCCCUCCCAUCACUGGCAGAGGGUUUGAGGGGAACCCUCCCACAUGGCUAGCCACAGCUCAGCGCUUGGCCAGAUCUGGCCAGGCUUCCCCAGGAACUGGGCCAAAGCCCAGGAUGCCUCCCAAGGCUUCGGGAGUCCAAAGGCCGGAGGGGCUGUGCUGAGCUGUGGCUCUUGGGCUGCCUUUGGCCCGUUGGGAGGACAGCUGUGUAUACUCAGCUGCAUUCAAGGAAUGGGUCUCCAAAAUGAGUCUGUGUCAGAAACACUCAGCCUCUUCAGAGCCAAGCAGCACCCAAGACUGGCUCCAGGCAACACAGGGGUCUCCGUGGCAUAGAACAGAUGGCUCCCCACCCACCCACCAACCCAUGCCACGUGGCCCAGAGUAGCAGGCAUUUUCUAGGCAAGCCUCAUUGCACACCAUGUGUGUGCAUGCAGGUGCCUCCGUUUCCUCUGCCUGGCCCAGGAGAAGCUCCCUCUGAGUGCCAGGGCUGCCUCCGUCCUUUUGGGGGUGGGGGGUGGGGCUCACUCCCUCUGGACACCUCGUCGCCUUCCAGCGUCUUCUGCCAGUAUUGCUUCUGCAUCUUCUUCUCUGCCAGUGGUGAAGCACAAGCAAGACACAAAUAUUAUUCCUGAGCUGGGUAACAUGAAUGUCACAUCCUGUAGUGUUAUAGCAGAAAGUGGUGGUUGUUUUAAAAAAAAACAAUGUUCUAAGAAAUUAGUUUUCUUGUUAUAUCCAAUAUUCAUGGUGAAAGGAUUUUUUCUUUUUCUCCUGUGUACCUUCAGAAAGACCUGUGCUAGCAAUAAGCAUUUAUACUAUAUACUCUACAUUAUAUGUGUGGUGUCAGUGUGUGUAAUUCCAAAUAAACAAUUAUUGUUAAGUAACAAAA